UCACAGCCCCUCGCCGGGGUUGGACUCUACAAGUAUAAAUUGACGAUCUUUGCUGUGCAUCGAUCAACAAGAAAGCAUCCUACAUCUAUCAAUUCAUCCUAUACCUACCUCUUACGAGCAUUAUUAUCUGUUCUAUAAUCUCUGUCACAAUGUCGGAGGCCACCACCGUUCACGUCUCGGGCAUCGCUCCCACUACCAGCGACAAGGAAGUUCGCGACUUCUUCAGCUUCUGUGGAAAGAUCACUAUGCUAUCUGUCACGCCUGAGUCUGGCGAGCCAAAUGCCCCCAAGUCCGCGACCGUUCACUUCGAGAAGGAGACUGCUGCCAAGACUGCUCUUCUCCUCGACAACACUCAGCUUGGUCCGUCUACUGUACACGUCACUGCAGCCCACAGCCUCGACGACAUUGCUGGUCCCCAGACCGCCAGCGCCAGUGACGCCAAGGACGAGAACCACCACGAGCUCGACCAAGAGGACAAGCCACGCUCUCGAAUCAUUGCCGAAUACCUUGCACAUGGCUAUGUAGUCAGCGACCAGGCGAUCCAGAAGGCCAUCGCCCUGGACCAGAAGCACGGCAUCUCCAACCGCUUCACCACUGCCCUGUCCAACUUCGACAAGAAGUACCAGGCUACAGAGCGUGCCAAGGGACUCGAUGAGAGCUACAAGAUCACCGACAAGGCCACCAGCGGCUGGAAGGGUCUCAACUCCUACUUUGAGAAGGCGCUCGGCACCCCGACUGGCCGUAAGGUUCGCGACUUCUACGUCAAGACCGACAAGCAGGUGCGCGACAUCCACGCCGAGGCCCGACGUCUGGCCGAUCUGAAGAGUGGAAAGAUCUCCGACACGGACGAGAAGCCCGUCGAGACUUCUUCUAGUGCCCCUGCUGGUGCUACGGACACCGCUCCUGCCGAAGCUCCCAAGGCUUAAGUGAGCUUUGUCAAAUGAAUGAGAAGCAUGCAUUUCUUUUCCCUUCUUUCAUUGCGCUGUUUUGGGCACGAAGCUGUUUGCUAUGCAUGAAAUUGCUGUGAUGACCUUCUUGCAAGCGUGAUUACCCGAUAUUCUUUUCUCUGGUGAAUUAAUGAACGGUCGACAUUUCGAUCACAUCCUCUUUUCUGUAGCUUAGAUUCGUAACAUCUCUGAAUAGCUGUCGCAAUUCACCAAACAUCGUGUUGCAAUCUUCUCCAUGGGCAAGAUUUCAAUUACAGCUAGAGAAUCAAGGUCUCCAUAGCAAAAGAGAUACGAUAAGAAGACUCA